AUGAUCAUGCUUAUCAAAAGCGCAGUCGCUGCCUGUUUAGCCACCACUGCCCUGGCCGAAACCCAGUUGGGAUUUUGCUAUGGCUCCCAGAACGAAGAUUGGUCAUGCAGGGGCUACGAAGACUUCAAGCGGUACUUCGAGAAUGCGAAGACUCUAGCUUCCGCUGAAGGGAAGCAAUUCACAUCAGCUCGCCUCUACACCUCCAUCCAGUGCGGCACCACGAACGACCCGAUCUCGGCGUACAAGGCCGCUAUCGAUACCGAUACCAAGAUUCUCGUCGGCCGGUGGGCCAGCGCCUGUGAUGAAUCCUACAGCCAUGAGCUGGAAUCUCUUCUGAGCGCUUCUUUUCAGUACGGCAAGGCUUUCACCGAUCUGGUUGUCGGCAUCUCCGUCGGUUCAGAAGAUUUAUACCGAAAGACCUCAGCCGGUAACGAACAGGGCGCCACCGCUGGGGAUAUUGUUAAAUAUAUCGGAGAGCUCCGGUACGUGAUCCAUAAUGAAAUCAAUGCAUUGGAGAACAUACCCGUUGGCCACGUCGACACCUACACUGCUUGGAUCCGUCCCGAAAAUGCUCUUGUUGUCGAUGCCGUCGACUGGCUUGGGCAUAAAUCCUUCCCCUACUGGGAGUCCAACGAGUCCAACGCUAUUGAAAACGCCCCCAACCUGUUCUGGUCUGCCCUUGAAAAGACAAGGAGCUCUGCACGUGGCAAGGACGUCUGGGUCACUGAAACUGGAUGGCCGCAUGCUGGCCCCCUUUCAGGCGCUGCCGUUGCUUCUGUCGAAAACGCCCAUUUGUAUUGGAGCAAUGUUGGUUGCGCCCUCUUUGAACAGGAAGUCAAUGUCUGGUGGUACAUUCUGGUCGAUUCCAAUGCCAACCAGCGCGAGGUCGAGUUUGGUCUUACAAAGACUGGUGAUGUCUCGAAGCCUGUCUUUGACCUGAAAUGUAACGAAACUCGUCGGGUUUAA